AUGGCUAAGAGCGCAGAAGUGAAGCUGGCGAUCUUUGGUCGAGCUGGCGUGGGCAAGUCAGCUCUCGUUGUACGCUUCCUGACCAAACGGUUCAUCUGGGAAUAUGACCCGACACUAGAGUCUACAUAUCGUCACCAGGCUACCAUUGAUGAUGAAGUCGUUUCCAUGGAGAUACUAGAUACAGCUGGUCAGGAGGACGCUAUUCAGAAAGAAGGACAUGUGCGAUGGGGUGAAGGCUUCGUGCUGGUUUAUGACAUCACGGACAGAGGCAGCUUUGAGGAAGUGCUGCCACUUAAGAACUUGUUGGAUGAAGUUAAAAAACCCAAAAAUGUCACCCUGAUCCUGGUGGGGAACAAAGCAGACUUGGAUCACUCCAGGCAGGUCAGCACAGAGGAAGGUGAAAAGCUGGCCACAGAACUAGCCUGUGCUUUUUAUGAGUGCUCUGCUUGCACAGGAGAGGGCAACAUUAUGGAGGCCUUCUAUGAGCUCUGUCGUGAGGUACGGCGUCGAAAGAUGGUCCAGGGCAAGACUCGGAGACGAAGCUCCACCACCCACGUCAAGCAGGCAAUUAAUAAGAUGCUUACCAAAAUCAGCAGCUAA